AUGAAAUUGAAACACCAAAACAGAGCUGCUCAUGAUUAUCUUCCCUUCGAUCAGCCCACGGUGCGGAGGAAGGCGGUCGUGACGGCAACCCUGCCGUUUAUUGUGAUCGCUUUCCUUUCGAGUGUUGUGUUCACUAUUGUCUAUUUUCAACCUUAUUCUUAUCUCCCUUUCGUUAAUCCCACCACAUUUUCUCAUCAUACUUCAGAUGGAUUUGAUUCUCUCCGCAACAACUCCUCAUUAGUAAGACACCCCAAUAACGUUGCCACCGAGAAAACGAAAGAAGCUGUAGCCACCGACUUGGCAGCCAUCUCAACGGCUUCCAACGAGAGGACUACUGAUUCUUUAACGUUGUCAGGUCUGAACCUGGAAAAAAGCUUGUCGAAAACAAACGAGAGUAAACAGCCUGAUGAGCCUGACCCUGAUCAGCAGCAAGUCCUGAAAAAAGUGGAAACACAAAUAGGAAUACCAGAAGGAGAGAUUGAUGGCGUGAAAGAAGAAAGCUGCGAUUUCUCCACCGGAGAAUGGGUUCGGGAUCCAGAUGCACCGUACUAUACCAACGCCACGUGUCCUGCAAUGUAUGAACUCCAGAACUGCAUGAAAUUCGGGAAGCCCGGCACCAGUUACAAGGAAUAUAGGUGGAAACCGGACGGCUGCGACCUCCCGAAAUUCGACCCUAACCGGUUCUUGGAACUUGUAAGAGGGAAGUCUAUUUCUUUCGUUGGAGAUUCUUUUGCAAGAAAUCAGAUGCAGUCACUGAUCUGCCUUUUGUCCGGGGUAGUUAAUCCACUGGAUCUUUCACCGAACGAAGACAAGAAAUGGGGAAAUCAACAUUGGUUAUACAAGGAUUACAACUUCAAAAUCUCUUUCUACUGGGCACCAUUUCUGGUAAGGUCCGAAAAAACAGAUCCCAACAACGCACACGGCUCAUACAAUCUGUAUCUUGACGAAUACCAUGAAAAAUGGACUAGUAAGAUAGAAGGAUCCAACUACAUUAUCAUGUCGGCCGGGCAAUGGUUUAUGAAGACCAAUAUGCUUUACGAAAACGGCAGCCUAAUUGGGUGUGGAGACUGUAAUAAUCGGCAAGACAACAACAUGACUCAAUUUCCGGUCUUUUUCGGGUAUCAGAAAGCAAUCCAGACAGCUCUCGGGGGGAUUAACAGGUCGAAAAAAUUCAAGGGCUUAACUUUUCUUGCGACAAUUAACCCGACACAUUUCGAAGGCGGGGCAUGGAAUGAAGGCGGAGAUUGUGUGAGGACGAGGCCUUUCAAAAGGAACGAGACUGAUUUGCCGCCGCAUUUGGGUGAAAUGCGUAGGAUACAGGUGCAAGAACUAAAGGCUGCUGAACAAGAAGGAAGGCCGGUAAAGGGUAUCAAGUUCAUGUUGAUUGAUAUUACAAACGCUAUGUUGAUGAGGCCCGAUGGUCAUCCUGGCAAAUAUGGACGGCAACCGGGUUUGAUCGACUAUCCUCCUGACUGUGUUCACUGGUGUACGCCUGGACCUGUUGACACGUGGAACGAGAUCUUGCUCCAAUUGAUUUGGCGGGAGGAAGGUCCGAUACUGGCGGGAAACUUGUCGGAAACGAGCCACAUUAUUAAACUGCAGCCUGAACAAUCUCAUGAUCAGACCGACGGUCUGAUUCAUGGAACAGCGUUAACCGGCCGGAAAGAGGAAGGCAAAAGGGAUUACCCAAGCAAAAGAUAUGUGCCUGCAACUUCGUUCGAGCUAGUUGACAGUGCCAACACAAAUAGUAGUAGUAAUCAAGCGGAAGUAACGAAUCCGGAAAACUGCGAGUUGUUCACUGGUGAAUGGAUUCCUGACCCCAAUGGACCCUACUACACCAACAAGACGUGCCACAAAAUCCAGGAGGAACAGAACUGCAUGCUGCAUGGAAAACCCGACACAGGUUACGUGAAAUGGAGAUGGAAACCAGACGGCUGCGACCUCCCGAUUUUCGAUCCACACAAGUUCUUAGAUUUGGUUAGAGGAAAAUCUAUUGCCUUCAUUGGGGAUUCUAUGGCAAGAAAUCAGAUGCAGUCUUGCCUCUUGUCCAGAUCCCUGAGGAUCACAAAGAUUGGGUAUAGAAUCAUAGAAAGACCUCAAGGGGACAUUCUCCAUGUGUACCUCGACAAAUUUAACAAACACUGGACAUCUAAAAUCCAAAAAUACGACUACGUGGUCAUCUCAGCCGGGCCGUGGUUCCCCCGCGACCCAAGCAAGUACUACGAAAACGGCUGCCUGAUCGGCUGCUAUGCCUGUAAGGAAGAAAAGGUAGCGGAUUUAGGAUUCUAUGUGGCAUACCAAAAGGCAUACAGGACAGCGUUGAGAGCCAUCAGGGAGUUGGCAAAACCCGAGGCUACGAUUUUCGUUAGGACCAUUUCUCCAAGACAUUUUGAGAACGGAACUCGCGAAGCUGGCGGAGAUUGUGUCAGGACAAGGCCUUUUAAGAGGGGCGAAACGAGUUUGGAACCUUAUGCGGAAAUAAUGCGAGGGAUGCAAUUGGAGGAGCUGAUAAACGCUCAAGAAGGAGGAGGAGAUCAAAGGGGGACCGAAGUUCAGAUUGUUAGAUGUGACACAAUAAAUGUUGCUGAGACCUGA